CCCAUCCCCUUCCCCAACAACUUCGUGAUUGGUGCGAGAUUGGUGGAGGAGUUUGUGGCCAUUGAUGCGAAUGGUGCGAGAUUGGUGGAGGAGAUCUCGGCGGCGGUUUUUGGGGUCGAGGCUGGCUUUGUGGGUGGUUUUGGGGUCGGCGGUUGAUCAGGUGAGGUGCUAAAGGGCCGGCCGGCCGAUUUUUGUUGGUUACGAAGGUGGCCGGCCGUUUUCCGGCAAUAUAAGGGGAGGGGUAGGGUUUCGGGGUGGUGGCUGGGGUGGUUCAAUGGUUUCUGUUUUUUUUUCUUUUAAUUUUUCAAUUUUUUUUGGUUUUUUUUUAUUUUUUUUAUUUUUUUUUUAAAACAGACCAAUCAGAAAGUGACAUGUGGCAAGUGGUGGGGUCCACUAACGGUCAACUAACGGCUGUCAGUCAUUAAUGACACUCGGUGAAUUUUGUUAAAACUCGGUGACAUUUGGUUAAUUUUGAAAAGUCUGAUGGCAUUUGGUGAAUUUCGCAAUUGAUAAGUGCCAUUUGGUGAAAUAGCCGUAAUAUUAAAGAUCAAACGCCAUGUGGCCGAUAUAGAAUACUGCUUGCCGCUCAACUGCCGAAUCCCUCGACAAUUCCGAAGUUUAGUUUUCAUUUUUGGUGCGGUGCGACAACUCCAAAGCUCUCCUUAAACACAAAAUUGCCACUCCUCUUAGUCCUCUGUUCUCACUCCUGCUCUCUGCUUCCUUCCUCAUAAUUCAACAAUGUCAAUUUCUCUUCAAUUCAUCUCCGUUUCUCCAGUUGCCAAACUCACAUUCCUUUCCACAAACCCCUUUUUUCCUCAAAAAUCCUCCAAACUCACAUUACCCCUCUCUCUCCUCCCAAAAACAUCCAUCAAAGCCUCUUCCGAAUUUCCACAGUCAUCGAACUCUUCUUCUUCGGCGGUUACGGUUUCGAGUUUUGAGGUAGAUACAGUUACAGAGGCGGAAUUGAAAGAGAAUGGAUUCCGGAGCACGAGACGAACGAAGUUGGUGUGUACAAUUGGACCGGCGACAAGCGGGUUUGACGAAUUGGAGGCUCUUGCUGUUGGUGGGAUGAAUGUAGCCAGGAUUAAUAUGUGUCAUGGUACUCGAGAAUGGCAUAAUGUUAUUGAAAAGGUGAGAAAACUUAAUGAGGAAAAGGGUUUUGCUGUUGCUAUUAUGAUGGAUACUGAAGGUAGUGAGAUUCAUAUGGGUGAUCUUGGUGGUGAAUCUGCUGUUAAAGCUGAGCUUAGUGAUGGAGAGAUCUGGACUUUUACUGUCCGAGAUUAUGAUGCCCCUCGUCCCCAACGUACCAUUACAGUGAAUUAUGAUGGCUUUGCUGAGGAUAUGAGGGUUGGGGAUGAGGUUGUUAUAGAUGGUGGAAUGGUAAGGUUCGAGGUUAUUGAGAAGAUCGGUCCCGAUGUGAAGUGUUUAUGUACAGACUCGGGAUUAUUGCUCCCACGAGCUAACCUGACGUUUUGGCGGGAGGGUAAAGUAGUCCGUGAACGUAAUGCCAUGCUUCCAACAAUUUCUUCCAAGGAUUGGUUGGACAUUGAUUUUGGAAUUGCGGAGGGAGUUGAUUUUAUUGCAAUAUCGUUUGUUAAGUCUGCUGAAGUAAUUAAUCACUUGAAAAGCUAUAUUGCAGCUCGUUCUCGAGAAAGUGAUAUUGCUCUCAUUGCAAAGAUAGAAAGCAUUGAUUCACUAAAGAAUUUAGAAGAGAUCAUUCAAGCAUCAGAUGGAGCUAUGGUUGCGAGGGGAGAUCUUGGUGCACAGAUACCACUGGAGCAAGUUCCCUUGGUCCAAAAAAAAAUAGUUCGACUGUGCAGAAAUUUAAAUAAGCCGGUUAUAGUUGCUUCUCGGCUAUUAGAGUCGAUGAUUGAGUACCCUACACCUACCAGAGCCGAAGUAGCUGAUGUUUCAGAAGCUGUCAGACAAAGAGCUGAUGCUUUAAUGCUUUCAGGUGAGUCAGCCAUGGGCCAGUACCCAGAGAAAGCAUUAGCUGUUUUGAGAAGUGUUAGCCUGAGGAUUGAAAAAUGGUGGAGGGAAGAGAAAAGCUAUGAAGUCAUGGAGCUGAAUGGAGUAGCAUCUUCCUUCUACGAUUGCAUAUCAGAAGAAAUUUGUGACAUUGCUACAAAAAUGGCCAACAAUUUAGAAGUAGAUGCUAUUUUCGUAUACACAAAAACCGGCCAUAUGGCAUCUCUAUUGUCAAGAUGCCGACCUGACUGCCCAAUCUUCGCAUUCACCACGAUAACAUCAAUAAGACGCCGGCUGAACCUUCAGUGGGGUCUGAUACCGUUCCGCUUGAGCUUCUCUGAUGAUAUGGAGAGCAACUUAAGUAAAACGUUUUCUUUGCUGAAGGCCAGGGGAAUGAUAAAACCAGGCGACCUUGUUAUUGCAGUGUCCGAUAUAUUGCAGUCCGUCCAAGUCAUGAAUGUCCCAUAAACAGUGGGUUUAAAUUUUUAUUAAUUAUUUUUAAGGUCCGAAUGAGCUAUAAUGGCAAUAAAAAUUACAAAUGGGGUACGGAAUAUGAAGCUUUGACCUAUUGUACACAAAACCUUCACUCUGAACUAUUAGGCCAAGAACUCAUUGUUUGUAUUGAUUGUACCUUUACAAAACAUGUUCCAUACUUUCAUGGAUUUGUAGAGGGUGUUUAACAAAGUGCCUCUUACAAUGGUUGUUCCUUGAAUGGUAUGGAGUAGUUAUUAUAUCCAUAAUAUUUGGCCAUAUUCCAACGA